AUGUCUUCCUCCGGAGUGGGGCUCUGUUUGGCUGCCUGUUCACUAAACGUACCAGAAGGCAGAAGACAACACAUUGUUGAGAACAUAAUGCGAACAGUUCUUCUUGACAAGAAUGGACAGAAACGCCCUGAAGUAUCAGUGCUCAAUACAUUUUCUGAUCAAGACUACAACAGAUCAGUCAUUACAGUAGCAGCUUCUGUGGACAAGUUAGGCCUUGUGGGUAACCUGGUCAUGCAUGUGCCAGUGUGUUUCUCUCUGGAGUGCAGUGUGUUUCUCUCUGGUGACGCUGAACUGCCUGAGAAACAAAGUCUUGCCCAGAGGAGGAAGCAGCUGGGCGGGUGCACAAAGAGGGAUUUCUGUACUCUGGAGCCUGACCUGGGAGCUGUCCCUGCUGAAGAUGUGUCUUAA